UCUCCUUCAAAGAGAAUCCCCAAAAAGACAACCAGACUGAGAGAUAUCAGUGAAAGCAGCGAAUGUGAGCUGCUGAUGUGCAGAAUACUGGGCAUUUUUUUGUAACUGCCCUUGUUGUUAAGUUUCGUGUGGACAACCCGUUAUUCUCUUUGGGAAUUGUGUUUAUUUUGAAAAACUGAAAAAUGAAUCUUGCAAAUGGAGAAACAUGAAAAAGUAGAAAGUAAAAACACAUCUUUGAAACGGGAGCUGCUUGCAGAAUACAUUUCCUGUGUUUGACAGCAAAGACGGAGCAGAAGAAGAGUUUAAACUCAGUGAUCUUUUGUUCCAAGUUAUUGUUUAGGAUUGAUACGGGAUCUAUACAGUUUGAAAUUCUCAUUUAAAAAAAAAAAAAAAAAAAAAAAAAAAAAUUGAGAUGUGUGACUUAAUGCCAGCCGCGCAACCCACCGAAAAAAUGGGCAAAAUGAAACAGUUGCGGAGAACUUUGUCAGAGAGUUUCAGCCGGAUUGCUUUCAAGAAAGAUGACAAUGACUUUGAUGAGAUAUGUGUCACAAAGAUGUCUGCACGCAAUUGCCAGGGAAUGAACUCAAAACCCCUGGACACCAUUCCUGAGGACAAGAAGGUUCAAAGGACACAAAGCAACUUUGACCCCUUUGAAAAGCCAGCCAAUCAAGUGAAGAGGGUUCAUUCAGAAAACAAUGCUUGUAUUAACUUCAAGGGAUCUUCCACAGGAAAGGAAUCCCCAAAACUCAGACGACAUUCUAGCCCAAGCUCGCCAACAAGCCCAAAGUUUGGAAAAACAGACUCCUAUGAAAAACUUGAAAAACUAGGAGAGGGGUCAUACGCUACAGUAUACAAGGGCAAGAGCAAGGUAAAUGGGAAGUUAGUUGCCCUUAAAAUGAUCAGGUUACAAGAAGAAGAAGGGACUCCUUUCACAGCAAUCAGGGAAGCCUCACUGUUGAAAGGCCUGAAACACUCCAACAUAGUGCUGCUACACGACAUCAUCCACACAAAAGAAACAUUAACUCUGGUUUUCGAGUAUGUGCACACUGAUUUAUGCCAGUACAUGGACAAGCACCCCGGGGGUCUUAAUCCAGACAACGUGAAGUUAUUUUUAUUUCAAUUGCUCCGGGGAUUGUCCUACACCCACCAGCGGUACAUUCUGCACAGGGACCUGAAACCUCAGAACCUGUUGAUCAGCGACACAGGAGAAUUGAAGCUCGCAGAUUUCGGUCUUGCCAGAGCCAAGUCGGUCCCUAGCCACACAUACUCUAAUGAGGUGGUAACCCUCUGGUACAGACCUCCAGAUGUUCUCCUGGGCUCCACAGACUACUCCACCAGCCUUGACAUGUGGGGAGUAGGAUGCAUCUUUGUAGAAAUGAUCCAAGGAAUUGCAGCAUUUCCAGGAAUGAAGGAUAUCCAAGACCAGCUUGAAAGGAUAUUUUUGAUUCUGGGGACCCCAACAGAGGAUAUAUGGCCAGGUGUCCACUCUCUGCCUCAUUUCAAGCCAGAAUGGUUUACUCAGCACAGCCCAAAGAAACUGAGGCAAGUGUGGAAUAAACUAGGUUAUGUGAAUCAUGCAGAGGAACUAGCCACCAGGUUCCUCCAGUGCUUCCCAAAGAACAGACUGUCAGCACUGGCAGCCAUGAACCACGAGUACUUCAGUGAUCUUCCCCCACGGCUCUGGGAACUAUCUGACAUGUCCUCUGUUUUCACUGUUCACAAUGUCAGGUUACAACCUGAAACAGGAGACAGCAUAAGGGUUUGUGGGAAAACCAACAGUCACGGCAAAGGUUCGUCCAACACCCAACACUGACAGGACACCGUAUUCCAUAGAACAGGAAUUCAGAUCCCAACGGUCAACAGUACAUACGAGCAACUGGUUUAAAGAUGAUUUCAGCUGACAAGACUUCCCUCCUUCCCUACUGUGUGUCUAUUCUAUACCCAUGUUUUAUGAUGUUGACAGUCAGGUUCUAGUGUGCUUGGGACACCUUCUGGUUUUAAUUGGUUGGUUGUAUAGUUUGUUUACUGUUACAUGGAAUGUUGUCGUGUAACGCCGACCCCUAUAUUGAAAAUGAUUCUUACAGUGUACAGCAGCAUUUAUUACAUUGUUUCAUAACAGCUCUUUUCAUAAGCAGGCUUGUUAGUAUAUUUUGAACGUCACUAAUAAUGCUUUUACAUAAAACCAGUCCACUGUGCCAUUAUUCUUUAUGCCAUUUACUUAUUUAAAGGACCUGAAACUAGUCAGGAACACGUGUUUCUGACAGUGCUGUGGAAUAUAAUCAAGGCAACAAUAAUUUAGUUUAUUCUUCAAACAGCAACAGAAAGUAUUUUUUGGACAGCACUGUACUAUAUUUUAGGCUAAAUCAGUUUGAGGUUUUUGCUACCACAAUCUAAUAGGAAUUGAACAUGUAUACUUUAGCAUUUGUUGAAAACCAUUAAAAUGUAUUAUAGGCUAUUAUUUUAUUUUAAUAAUUAUUAUUGUUUUUCAUAUCG